AUGGCGGCGACCGAAACUGAGAGAAAGAGCAGGAGGAAGCAUUCGUCAUCGGCGAAGACUUCGAAACCACGUUCCUCCUCCAGGAAACCACGAGUAUCGCCUUCAGUAGCAGAUAUGUACUUGCAAGAUUAUGCGCCUCCAGUCCAGGCGACUUCGCCUCAGCGUGUGACAGCGACGAGGCCUACCCCACCUCUUUAUGGCUAUUCUGCAAGUCCACCUCAGCACGCGGUCUAUCGUCAGAUGCCUGGUUCUUUCCCAGAAGAUGGUUAUCUAUAUGGGUCUCCACCGCCGCAACCCGUUCAACCCUAUGCUAGUCAAUCGACUAUUCGCUUUGCUUCUCCACCACCCCAUGAGCCCCGCGGUCAAGGUCCAUUCGAACAACAAUGGAACAGCCUUGAUCGGAUGGCCGCCAAAUCGUACAGGAAUCUCCGAGAUACGGCUGGAAAGAGCGUGACGAAUCUGACUGCCAACUGCAUCGAGCGACCUACGGCAGCUGUCGCUACCAAGAGCAUGCAGACUUUGUGCAAAGGAGCCGCGCUGUACGAUAUAAUCAGCUCAAAAUUCGACUCGGUCAUCACCAGUAUCGACGACGAUCACUUCAGCGGCAAAGAACAGGAUCUUAUGAUGGAGUUCAGUGAGCAGCAGCAGGAAGAGGGCCAGAGAACGAGUCCGCCACUCGGCGAACCCAGACGCCGGCGUCAAAACGACGUGCAAUCCCACUCUAGUAGCGACAAAGGGUCAAAUCACUUUUCAAAGGUGUGGCUUUACUCUAAUUCCCGACUACCACCUCAUUUGCCGCCGUUCAAGGUCUAUCUGCCUACAUAUCCCCUACUUUGCUUAGCAGCAACCUACUCGGAGAAAGCCUACACGCCUCCAGGCACGAAGAAGAACCCUGAAAUGGAGACCUUCAUCCCUGCUGAUUGGCGCAGUGGAACGAAAGCCAUGGUACUCAAGUCCAUUCCUGUGGAAGAACUGAACACCAUUGUCUUCGCCAUUCGCGGAAGUCAGACCUUUAUGGACUGGGCUGUCAACUACAACUCGGCGCCUCACAGCCCAGAAAAGUUCCUCGACGACCCUUCGAAUUUAUGCCACGCUGGCUUCCUUUACGUGGCAAAGAAAAUGAUCAAGCCCGUGGCAGAGCGUUUGAAGGUUUUGCUUCAAGAAAACCCUGCACGUUCUAAUUGCAGUUUGCUCAUCACCGGUCACUCCGCUGGCGGAGCUGUCGCCGCACUGCUUUAUGGGCAUAUGAUGAGCACGAAGAUCAACUCUGAGCUUAAUUACCUUACGAGUUUCUUCAAGCGUGUCCACUGCGUCACGUUCGGUGCGCCACCUGUUACUCUGUAUCCGCUAAAGAAGCCUGACGACAAGCGCCAUCGCAAGAGUCUCUUCUACGGAUUCAUCAACGAAGGCGAUCCUAUACCGCGAGCGGACAAGAGCGUGCUGAAGAGCUUGCUGAAGCUCUACGCCAGUCCAGCACCCGUUGCUGUUUCGAACAUAGCUUCAACCAUCACAUCAAUCUCUACCUCUUCAACGCUUCCAGCGUGGCCCAUACCAGCGUGCACUUUAUCACCUGCAGGCAGACUAGUGGUACUUAGGCAGCGCGUUGGAAGCAGGGUUGAAGACGAUAUCGAAGCAGUGACUGUGGACGACGAGAUGCUGAGGAAGGUUGUAUACGGUGAUCUGCUGAAACACCAGAUGGCCGUCUACAAGAAGAGGAUCGAGAACGUCGCUGUUAGAGCGGUGACUGCGAAUGGGUGUUGA